AUGCCGCCCACAGAAUCAUCGCCCCUCCUCCCCGCCGAGCCGCCGACGGAGACGCCGUUCCGCCAGGCCUACGACUCCAAGCCGCUAGAUGCCCGCUCGACGUCGUCGCAGUCGAGCGGCUCGCCGCGCUUCGACUACGGCGACGUGCUCCGCGACGUCAUCAUCGGCUUCUCGGACGGGGUGACGGUGCCGUUCGCGCUGACGGCGGGCCUCUCCAGCCUCGGCAGCACCAAGCUCGUCAUCGCGGGCGGCCUCGCCGAGCUCUUCUCGGGCAUGAUCUCCAUGGGGCUGGGCGCGUACCUGGCGGCCGUGACGGAGCGCGACACGUACGCCUCGCACGAGGCGAGGGCCGGCGCCCACGGCCUGGCCUGCCUGCCCGCCGAGCAGCGCGCCGAGCUGCACGCCAUCCUCGGCCGCUACGGCGUCUCGCGCGCCGCCGCCGAGCCCCUCGUCGACGAGCUCUGCGCCGACCGCCGCAACUGGCUCCGCUUCAAGAUGGACUUUGACCUCCGCAUGGACGAGCCCGACGCCCACCGCGCCUGCGUCUCCGGCCUCACCAUGGGCCUGAGCUACUUUGUCGGCGGCCUGAUCCCCAUGGUCCCCUACUUCCUGCUCGCCGACAUCCGCGACGCCCUGCUCGUCAGCGUCGCCGUCACCGUCGUCAUCCUCCUGGCCUUCGGCUACGUCAAGAACUACGUUGCCAUCCGCAACCACCGCGCCGGCGCCUGGGGCGCCCUCCAGACCCUCGUCAUCGGCGUCCUGGCCGCCGGCACGAGCUACCUCAUCGUCAAGGCCCUCGACAGAGGGGACGCCUGA